CCCUGACACUUUCUCAUUAUCAUAAAAAUGUUGUACAUUCAGUUUUUUUUUCUCUCGUCAGGAUGCUGCAGGAAAAAUGUAGACCUCCCUCCUGAAUCCCAUUCCAUGCACAGCUUAAAGGAUGGAAUAUCGCAGGAAAAAAAAGCUUCACAUCUUGGAAGCUCAGAGAGCAUUACACAAAUGUCUCUUUCUGCUGCUAUCUCAUGACCAAAUCACCCACCCAAAGCACUAAGGUCGGGGCAAGGGGAUGGAUGAGUAGGUGUAACAAUUUUAUCAUGUCGCACGUAGGCAGGUUGACUAAAGAUUUCAGUCUGAGAGAAAUAUGAUGAACAUCAGUGAGAUGAGCAAGAAGAACCAGCAGGAGCUGAAGAGACAAGUGGAGCAAUCGAGGGUAUUCUACAAGAAUCUCCUGCAGAGAAAUCUCCAUGAAGAAGAGCGCCUUCGUGAGCGAAAGCAAGCAAUUCAGGAUCAAUUGCUGGGAUGGAUUGGGAAAUACGACGAGGACAUUGGGGAUAGGAGUAAGGAGCUUAUGCGACUGGAGGCGAUUAUUCGGGAGGAGCGUGGACGAUUGGAUUUGCUCAAAAGACGUUUCAUGUCACAAGAAGUGGAGUACAUACGACUGAUGGCACAGAAGGAAGCUGAGGAAAAGAGGAUUCAAGAAGAAAAGCUACUGCUUUUUAUGAUGAAUCAUGCUGCUGUUAACAUUCAACGAUGGUGGCGUCGGGUUCUGGCACGCAAGAAAUCCAAGAAGGGACGUAAGGGUAAAGGCAAAGGAAAGCGAAAAAAGUAAAUGUUAGGAUGCGCAUUCCAAAAAUUAUACCAUUCAUUGCUUCAAAAUCAUGCCUCAAGUUUGAGUGAAAUUCUUGUAA